GGUUAUUAAUGUGUGCUAUUUAUUUUAUACCAGAAAGCAAUUAGUUGAUAACUGCUAAGAACCAGUUUCCAGAGCAAGGCGACCCAUCUAAAUAAACGAAAUACCUACAACCUAUCUCAAAUGCCUCUGAAAGUCUGCAAUGUCUCGAUAUCUUGUCUCUGUAGCACCGCAAAGCAGAUAGUAACCCUACGUUUCCCCAGCAAACAAACGACCACGGGACAACUAGAUAUUAAUUUUUGCCAUUGUUAUGCAUGCCGUCAUUCCAGCGGUCUCUUGUGCGUUUCAUACGCUCCCAUUCAGCCACCACAAUCUACCAACGGUAUCGUUACUUAUCUCGAUGAAACCGCAAAUGUCCGACGAUAUUUCUGUGGCACCUGCGGCUGCCACAUUUUCAAGCGAGAGCAAGGCUCUUCCCGUGAUGCUGUAGGAGCCGAUGGGCUAUGGGCCGUAGCUACAGGCACCAUUAUCGGGCGAGCUGGAACUGAGGAAGGCGCGGACUGGGACCCGGAAGUAGCAGACGGCGGGAAGGGGUAUUCCAUCCUAAAGUUUGCCGGGCACGUGAAUGUCGCCGGCACUAAAGACGGCGGUCUGUCUCCGUUCAUUCAGAACAUCUCCGAGCCGCGCGAGCCGGAGAUUUGUGGACAUCACAACGAAGUACCACCACCGCCUUCGGUAAGCGUACCUGGAGAAGGAAAGAACGCAGGCAGAAGCGAUGAAGAUGUGCUCGAGGCACACUGCCACUGCGAAACAGUCCGGUUCCGCAUCACGCGUCCCGACGCCUCCAGCCGGGUCCCGCAUUCCGGCUUCCCGGACCUCACAGUCCCGUUCGCUACCUCGCCUCCCGAGCUCAUCAGCAACCCCGACGACGAGAAAUGGUGGCUCCGUCCGCCGGACUCCCCAAACCCGACCAUGUAUCUAGCGGGUCUCUGUGCCUGUCGCUCGUGCCGCCUAACGUCCGGUUUCGAGGCCCAGACUUGGACGUUCGUGCCCAGGAGCAAUAUCUUCUUCCUCCCUCCUUCUCAUUCCUCUUCUCCUCACGCUGCAAUUGAGAAUACGCUUAUCCCGCUCGACUUCUCUGCUCUCCCUAAAGGUAUCCUUCAGAGCUAUGAGAGCUCGCCAGGUGUUCUGCGCGAGUUCUGUCCACGCUGCGGCGCUACUGUCUUUUGGCAUGAUCGCUGGCGCCCUGGCAUCGUCGACGUGAGUACUGGGUUGUUAGACGCUCCUGAGGGCGCCCGCGCGGAGUCGUGGCUGGAUUGGUGGUAUAGUAGGGUUAGUUUCGCGGAGGAUGCUGGGAACGGACGUGUUGGGGAGGCGGCACAAUGGGCAGAGAAUGUGGUGGAUAGUUUUUCUAAGGGGCUGAAACUAUGGGAAGAGAAUGGAGGAAAGGGGGUUGCUUAGCCAGUGAAAAUGCGCAGUCUUUAGACGAAGUAUAUUCACCUAGGCAGCUAAGCUAAGUCCGUUAAGGGACGGAGAGGUCUGCUGCAUGUUGAUUUCAUGGAGGAUAGAUAUCAUUGUUUUUCUUGUAAGUAAGUAGCUAUUCUAUCUUAACAAGUAUAUGUAGCCA